AUGAACGGUGAGCCAAGCUUCGGCACGAAUGGGUCGGCUCAACCGGAGAGAUACCACGGCAUCACAGAAAACCGCCGUGAAAUAAACAAAGAGUUGUGUUUCGCCGUGUGGGCGCUGAGUCAGCAUGUCUUGCAUAGGGUGGAUGGAGAAACAGUUGGCGGCCCAAUGACAGCCUACAGCACCAUACAAUUUGUCGUGCAAAAACAUCACUUCGUCAGAGGGAAAAUUAAGAUUCGGUGUACGGCAAGCGUCUACUCAAUAUACCUACAAAGCUUAGAAAAGAGUGCUGAGGAGGAGAGGAUACGAACCACUCCGGUCAGCCUCCCAGAGGUACACGAAGCAGUAGUGUACUCUAUACAUCGCCUGCCAGAAACUACUUUUGAACAGCACUGCUUCUAG